AAAAGCUGGCCGGAAAGGCCUUCCAGGGAAACACUCUCUUGAGUUCUGUUUCUCACCCCACCCCACCCCACCCCAAAGUAUAUGUUUUCUCUGCAUACCCCAGCCUUGCAGUUUAACUUGUCUGCAGUGGCACAAAUGCGUUUCCAGAGCUUUGGUUUCUCCCUCCAAAAGUCAGCAGUGCUGGGAGAAGAGGACACAAUUUCUCCUAAUUUCCACAGCCCGAGGGGUGCAGCUUUCGGAGGGCCAGAGGCAAAAAAGUGGGCUGUGCAGUCCCUGUGGUUCAUUGUACAGUAGGGGGGCCAAAUUGUCACAGUUCAGGAGACAGGAAGCCGUCCCAGCGAGAGUCCUGAUCCGUCUCCAUGCUGGCCUCUGACUUUAUAUCCACUCUCGGGCCUGACCAUUGACCCUGCUGGCUGCUGUGAGUUGGUGCUCCAGGAGCCCCCAGAGAGCACAAGCAUGGCCAGCCUGGCCUGGAGACAAUAGCACAGGCUUCCUUUGUCAUGUGUCUGGGGGUGAGGGUGGCCGGUUGCUGUGUGAGCCUUGGGAGGGUCGAGCUCAGGAUGGAACAGGAGUUCCGAGAUUGGGCUGGACGGCGGUUGGGUGCGCAUUAAGUGGAAAUUCUGGGAUGCGGGUGGGCAAAGGUGUGCUUGGUAAGGGAGGGAACAAAACAGGGUGUCGCCUUUGAGAGCGCCAAGGACGCAGUCCUGUUUUUAGAGCUUUAAAGCAGCUGACAGAUGCCCCAUGAGCUCUGAGGCAAGGGUGGGAUAGAAAUACAAAAAGGGGUGGUAUUAUUUUUAUUCCUAUACUGCCCUUUGUUCCAAAGAGCCCAAAGUGAUGCGUGAACCCAUACUUUUGGGGUGCGGGGGAGCAUGGGAUGUUUGCAAGUCAGGAGUGGUGGUCCAGCCCAGUGUUCAAAAUCCCCCUGGUGCCAGGCCCGUUUUGUGACUGGAGAUCUCUGGGUGCCAGGUUGGCAACGGGCAUCUUCCCUCUGGCUGGGCCCUCCGGCUUUCUUAAGCAGGUCAGCAGAAAAAACGCUCAUUUGUUGCCUUUAUGCCCCACCUUCUCCAAUGAAUACAUGGUUCACCUCCCCCCUCCUCAGUUACUCCCUACAACAACCUGGCGAGAUAGGUGAAGAGGCUGCGACUUGACUCCAAGGUCACCCAAUAAGCUUCGUGACCGAGUGGGGAUUUGAACCCUAGCUCUGCGUUGCCCACGCCAACUGGCAUCAGCGGCGUUCUAGGGUUCCAGGCGGGGGUCUGGACAUGCCGGCGGGGCCUUUGGUUACCUGGAGACCGAAGGCCUUCUGUGUGCAAAGCAGGCGCUGCACCCCUGAGCCAGUGCCCUUCUUGGACGGGGUGGUGAGGGAGAGGAAGGGGCGCUAGGGAUGUGUCUCAACAGCGUGUCUUUGGGCGAGGGGUUGGCAGAACGCUUGCUGCCUGCCGUUUUUGGAAGUACAGUGGUGCCUCGAACUUAUGAAUUUAAUCCGUUCCGAAGGCACCUUCGCAGGUCGAAAAAUUCGUAAGUCGAAAAGCGCCAUUGGAAACGUGAUUUCCCAUAGGAAUGCAUUGGAAAUGGAAAAAUUUGUAAGUUGGAGCAACCCCAUCUAAAAAUUCGUAAGUCGAAUUCGUAACCGCCGCGGUUUCCAUUCAGAUGUCAAAAAAAUUGAAAGCGUGCGGCCGUUUCCCUCAUUUGUAAGUCGAAAAAUUUGGUUGUCGAGUCGUUCGUAAGUCAAGGUACCACUAUAUCGAGAUUUGGAAAGUGAAGGGAAGACUGUACCCUCGUUGCUUAAUCCUUGGCAGCGUUUUAAAAUCCAUCCGGCCCGUGCCCCCCUGGGUGGCCCACCCAGGCGCCGCUGGGGCUCAGGGCACCCAGCAGCUCCAGAGGCCGGUCUGGCCACAAACGGGAGGGAACGAGAACUGGAAAUGCAGCAGCCUUUGGAGGGACACAGAUUUCCCAUUUAUUGGCCUGAGCAUCCCAAAGUUCUCCUUCCCUCCGAUUCCCUCCUUCCUCCUCCUGUUCCAUCCUUGGAUGCAAUUCUCCCAAACUUGCUCUCCUGUUCUGUGUUUUUGGCCAUUUUUUACUUACUUUUAAUUGAGUUUUUAAUAGCGUUAAAUAGCUUGGGGGGGGGGAGGAAAAGAAAUACAGGAAAAUUCAUUUUUUUAAGAAAAGUUUUCACGGUUGUCCAGCUGUGCUAAACAUUAGGAAGAACUUCCUGGCAGUAAGAGGUCUUCUUCGGCAGUGGAAGAAGGCGAUGGGCUUUUCAGCUGCAAUUCCUGCGUUGCAGGAGGUUGGGCCAGAGGAUCCUUUGGGUCAGAGAAUUUGAGAGUUUAAGAGGACACAGAGUAGCAUUCUUUCCAAAUGAACAAUUCUGUGGCUUCCCGAGUCCUUAGGAAAGCAUUGCAAGAGGGAAAGAAUGCCUGCGUCUGCCAUUACAAAGGGUCCCGCGGCCUGAAUUAAAACGGUUGCUCCUUUCCCCCCUUUUCACUUAAAAGAUUUAAAAGUAAGCUUGGAGUGUGAUAAAUCCAGACUCUUGCGUAGACCUGUGGGACCUUCUCAGCUGCCGUGUUUGCAUAUAAAGUGGUACCUUGGUUCUCGAACUUAAUCCGUUCCACGGGGCGUCCGUCCGACUCCCGGAACCGUUGAGAAACCAAGGUGCGGCUUCCGAUUGGCUGCAAGAGCUCUCUGCACUCAAUCGGAAGCCGCGUCAGAUGUUCGGCUUCUGUAAAACGUUUGCAAACCGGAACACUUGCUUCCGGAUUUGCGGCGUUCGGGAGCCGAUUUGUUUGGGAGCCAAGCCGUUCGGGAACCAAGGUACCACUGUAAAAUAAAAUUUGACCAAACUGCAACAAAGUGGUCUUAGGCACUUUAACCCUGAAUCUUUUUCACUUACGUGAGUUGUUUUCAGUGUGGGCGAUUUGCCAAGGCUUGGAUUCCCAAUAAUUGUGUGUGUGCGUGUGUGCGUGCAGUGGACCAGGACUUCCUCCUUCAGAUCCUCCUCCAGCAACACCAAAUCCCGUAAUCGAGAAACAACCUAUUUGGAGAAGGGGCAAUCGUUGGGUGUGUCACAGAUCGCUGUUGUUGAUUUUGUGUGCAUGUGUGUGAGAGAGAGAGUGUGAGAUGCAAUCUAACUCUUACACGCGUGUAUAUAUAUUUGUUACAGAGGUCAGCAGAUGGGUCAAGUCCAGAAGACGGGGAAGGUGAGGGAGACCUCGUGUCCGCUGCCUAGAGACAGUCCAGAGGCGCCCCGAAUUCCCAUUCUCGGGGUGAUGAUCCCGCUGUGCCAGAAAGAGACACUGUCGGGAUGGGUUGCCCGGAAGGCCGAAAUGUUUGCGUCGCCGGCCAGGAGUCCGACCGGGAGGAUGGGAGCUACUGCCCCCCCGUCAAGCGUGAAAGGACCUCUUCCCUCACACAGUUCCCGCCUUCGCAGUCAGUGACAAAGAACAAUGUCUUCAUGCCAUCAAGUUUAUGCGAGCCUUCGGCGGGGAACUCCGACUCUGAACCAGAGGAAAAAAGCACUGGAUUCCGGUUGAAGCCUCCCACUCUCAUCCAUGGCCAGGCGCCCAGCGCAGGGGUCCCCAGCCAGAAACCGAAGGAACAGCAGAGAAGCGUCCUGCGCCCGGCAGUAUUACAAGCCCCCCAGCCAAAGGCUUUCUCACAAACAGUUCCAAGCAGCGGGACCAACGGUGUAAGUAUCCCUUCGGAUCCCAUGGCCGCUGUGUCGGAAUCAGCAACGAACGCCGUGCCGAAAAGCCCCAACACAGAGGAGAAGGAGUCAAACAGCACCUCGGAGACAGAUAAGACAGACCACAACACGCCACAGUCCUUCGUGUUUGGGCAGAACCUAAGGGACCGUGUGAAGCUAGGGGAUGAAGCCGACGGCGCCGUCGACGCGCAGAACUCCCGACUCCCCAACUCGGAGGCACCUCUGGCCACAAACUACUUCCUCCAGUACAUCAGCUCCAGCAUAGAAAACUCUACGCACAGCGCCGAGGCCCCCAGCAACAAAUUUGUGUUUGGCCAGAACAUGAGCGAGAGAGUCUUGAGCCCCCCCAAGUCGAGCGAAGCCAGCACAGACAGCGUCAAGGAGAACGCCGGCGGAGAUUCGGGCUCGGAGUCCUCGUCCCAAGAAGCCACACCCGAGAAAGCCAACAACAUUUCAGAGUCGCUGGCCGAGUCUGCUGCAGCCUACACGAAGGCAACGGCCAGGCGGUGUCUUCUGGAGAAGGUGGAGGUGAUCACGGGGGAAGAAGCCGAGAGCAAUGUCCUACAGAUACAAUGCAAGUUGUUUGUCUUUGAUAAGAACUCCCAGUCUUGGGUCGAAAGAGGCCGGGGACUCCUGAGGCUGAACGACAUGGCUUCCACAGACGACGGGACGCUACAGUCGCGCCUUGUGAUGAGAACGCAAGGCAGCCUUCGGCUAAUCCUGAACACCAAGUUGUGGGCUCAGAUGCAGAUCGACAAAGCCAGCGAAAAGAGCAUUCGAAUCACAGCGAUGGACACAGAGGACCAAGGGGUCAAAGUCUUCCUUAUAUCGGCCAGCUCUAAAGACACGGGGCAGCUCUACGCAGCCUUGCACCACCGGAUCCUGGCCUUGCGGAGUCGGGUGGAACAGGAGCAGGAAGCCAGCAGCGCGGCGCCCGAGCCCGAAGUGACCCAGUCCAACGAGGAAGACAGUGACGACGACGUCCUUGCCCCGUCAGGGUCGCCUGGAAGUGGUCCCACCAACGAAGGGGACGGGCAGACAACGGGCGGCACAUAGCAGCCGCAAUCCGCGCUGCCGGCAAGAGCCGCCGCCCCCCGCCGACACCACCGCCCUCUUUGCAGACCCCCCUCUUGUGGGGCGGGGAGGGACGCCCUCCCUCCGACCAGCUCUUGCUCCGGGCAGCGACGGAAGCGCUCGAGAUUGAUGAACUCUGCACAUCCCAGUUCUGGGUUUUUUUUUUCUUUCCCCCCUUCCUCCCCCAUCGUGAGUUGGACUUUUGGGGGGGCGGGGCAGGGGGGCGAAUCUGUUGAUUCCAUAUUAAAACAAGAAAACAAAACGCAGCGGACUUUGGACAAAACAGGCUGAAUGUGGUUUUGGGACAUGUAAAAAAAGAAAAAAAAUGCUCAUCAUAUUGAUGAGUCCAGGGAGGAGAGAAAUCCCCUUUUCCUCCCUUCCUCUCUCUGCCCCCCCCCCUCCACACUUGGCGAAUAUUUGAGGGGGGGAGGCACCUUGAGACUUGCCACGACUUGCCCGAUUCUCCUCUUGGCAGCCCUCGAGGCCUGUGCCGCAGGCGAAAUCCUUCUCCACACGGAAGACUCUUCUCUCCCCCCCACCCCCCAUUUGCCGUUUUCCCUCCUCUUUUUCUUUUUUUUUAAAAAAAGAAAAAAACACUUGCCCCGGCAGAAGAAUCUUUCGUCCGACGGACAUCUCUUGUCGUGUUUUCUCCUUCCUUGCCUCAUCCCCAAACAUCCACCCAAUUGUGGCUGACGCGGAGAGACGCUUUGCUAAUUUUUUUGGAAGGGGGUGUCUUUUUAAACUCUGCCUUUCCCCCCGGUUACAUCUCACCAGGCCAAUUCCUUCCUCCGAUUUGUUGUGACUAUCAUUACUACUGGUUUGCCUUGCUUCAGUCGUGGCAUAAACUAUUCCUUGAAAGGUAGCCCCCCAGUUUUGAACUGGAUUAUCCAUCUCUCUUGUGCGUCGAGCAAAUUGGGGGGGGGGACCUUUUCUGUUCUUAUUUAAGACAAGCAAAGCUAUCCUACAAAAUUCCCCUCAAAUUUCCUCCUGGUCUUGUCACGGCGCCAAACAGCCGAUUUGUAGGGUGAGGAGGGGGCUUUGAUUUGCUCUCCCCCCCCACCUGAUCCAGGAAUAUUUGCUGGGCACGCAAAGAAAGAAAGAUAUACCCCCCCACCGCAAGCGUCUUUCCCCGUGAUCAGCCUACCUGGCGUUUGAGAGGGGCGUGUGUGUUUAUUUCUUUUCUGGUUGGUAAAAACUUGCUGCUGUGUGUUAUUAAUAUUAUUUUUAAAAUCGGAACGUGCCCUGGAAUCGCCAUCUUUAGAACGGGGCGCGGGGGUGUGUGUGUGUCGUAUUCUCUGCCCCUUUGGCUUUUUGCCGGCCAAAGAUGGCUUGCACCGUCUUUUUCUGGGUUUCUAGUGAGCGGCGAAGAUGCCUCCGGGUUGAUACGGAGGCAGCCUCGAAGUGCAUGUGGCCGGGAACUGGACAUCGCACCCUUCAGGCUCUGGACGGGGGCGCAAGCGGGAUUCAGGGGGGAACACGCCCAUCCACGGAGUACAGUUGGAAAAGCCGGCAGCUACCCCUGCUGGGCACACGGUUCCCAAGUAAACAGGGCCGUACCUGGUGGGGAGCCUUGGUGUGGCUGAACUACGACUCCCAGAGAGCUCUAGUUCAGCAAUGCCCAGAAGGCAAAAGGGUGCUCUUGCCCCUUGAGCCGAGGCAGCCCCAGCUCCUGCCAUCCCCCCCCCCCCGCAGGACAGCUCCUCCAGUGCAGGCAGUUUCCGCCUCUCCAAAGAGCGACAACUGUCCCAACUCUUAUUUUUAAAGCCCUUCAGAGAAAAUUGGGUGGGAAAAUCUGGUCCUCAGUGCUAAAAAGAGACUUGCAAGGUGUGCGUUUACGCAGGCAUGGCAGGGGGGUGUCCACUUCCUUCGGACCCCCAGAGUCCUGAGGGCUCCCCCGUUUGGGUGUCACACGUGCGAAAGGGUUUGCGAGAGGGCAGCGCUCGAAAGGAGAGCGCCUUCCAAUGGUUAAGGUUGCAUUGAAUGUGUUUAAACAGUUUUCCUCCUGCAGAGUUCAUCCUUUCCGGGGGGGGGGGGUUAUACACACACAUAUAUAUCUGGCAGCUAUUUAUGGAUGUGGUUUGGAUCCGGACACAAGUCACUUGCAGCGAAAGAAGAGGAGAGGGUGGAUGGGAAGAUGAAUUUUUAAAAUAAUUUCCUGUUGCACAGUCUCCUGUUUCCUCUGCGUACUUUAGCCAGUCAGAAAACACCUGUUCCCCCCCCCUUUUCUCUCUCCCCUCUGGUCCUGCGUUUUAUUAUUGCUCCCUUAUUCCUCUCCCCAGUGUUGGAGGAAGGUUGGCUGGGCCAGAGACAAGGCUGCGUUGAAACUUUUCCCUUCCUUCCCCCCGUUUUCAACGCUCCCAACUAGCGACAAGUUGAAAAAAAACCAAAAUACAAUUCCCCCCCAAAAAAAGGCAAAAGACCCAGACAACGACCCCUGUGUUUUGGAAGAUUUCUGUACAAUUGUCAUAUCAGAUGUAUUUGGGAAUUACAUUAAAAAAAAGAGACAAAACUUGUAACAAUAA